GUACGAGUUAAUUCCCUGUUAGCCUGCUUUGCUUACCAUGGUUUCCCACUCGUGCACGCGAUGUCUCCAUAAACUUCUUCUUCGCUGUGCCCUCCACGAUUCCCCUCUACUUUAACUUCCUUCUUCCGUUAUUUAAAUUUCCCUCUCCCUCCCGUCAAGAAUCUCCCAUAUCCAAACCUUCAUUAUCCCCCCUCCGCUCCAAUUCCUGCCUUCCUUCUUGUUUUCUUCCCUUUGCCACCAUGUGGAACCAGCCUUACCACAAAUCUGACCUGGAGGCCGGAGCUAGGCCUCUCUACCCAACCAUGCUCGAGAGCCCCGAGCUCCGGUGGGCCUUUAUCCGCAAAGUCUACUUCAUCAUCACCCUUCAGAUGCUCGCCACUAUUGCCGUUGCUUCCGUCGUCGUCUUCGUUCAUCCCAUUGCCCACUUCUUCGUCAGUUCCGGCGCUGGCCUCGCCCUCUACAUCGUCCUCAUCAUCACCCCUUUCAUCGUCAUAUGCCCGCUGUACUACUACUACCAGAAGCACCCAGUGAACUACCUCCUUCUGGGAAUCUUCACAAUCUCGCUAGCUUUCGUUGUUGGACUGACCUGUGCGUUUACAAGCGGGAAAGUUAUACUGGAAAGUGUGAUAUUGACAACGGUGGUGGUGGUCAGUUUGACUCUCUACACAUUUUGGGCCGCGAGGAGAGGCCACGACUUCAAUUUUCUUGGCCCCUUCUUGUUCGGUGCUGUGCUAGUUCUCAUUGUUUUUGCUAUGAUUCAGUUACUGUUUCCAUUGGGUAAGAUAACAGUAAUGAUCUAUGGGUGCCUAGCGUCAAUUAUAUUUUGUGGUUACAUCAUAUAUGAUACGGACAACCUCAUCAAAAGGUUUUCCUAUGAUGAGUACAUUUGGGCUGCUGUCUCGUUGUAUCUGGAUGUCAUCAAUCUCUUCUUGGCUCUGCUUACCAUAUUCAGAGCAUCUGAGAGUUGACGAGAGCAUGGCCGGCUGCUGGAUAUGUUGAAACAACGGGAGAAAUGAUUAAUGUCAAUCAAUACUGUUUGGAGUUGAAAGCUUGCCUUGAAUUGUAAAUGCACAUGCGAUGCGAUUGUCUCCUCAUUCUUUGUGGUUUUGUUCUGGUUUCAAUGCUUUUAUGACUAUUAUUGCUGGCAAAUGGAUUGCAAUUUGCUACCCAUUCUCUUUUGGCGACUUGAACGGACAA